CUCGCCCAGCUCCGCCCAUCGUAAGCCCGCCCCGUCUCCAAGAUGGCUGCUGCCAUGCCGCCGGGCCCGGAGCCGUGGAACCGCGUGAGGAUCCCUAAGGCGGGGAGCCAGAGCACCGUGACCGUGCGGGACCCUGGCGCCUCCUUGAACCUUUGCAUUGCAGCUGUAAUUAAAGAAUGCCGUCUUGUCACACGGUUGCUGAGGAGCCAAACCUUAGAUGCAGAAGCAGAUGUGUUAUGUGCAGUUCUUUACAGCAAUCACAACAGAAUGGGCCGCCAUAAACCUCAUCUGGCCCUCAAACAGGUUGAACAAUGUUUAAAACGUUUAAAAAACAUGAAUUUGGAGGACUCAAUUGAAGAUGUAUCUCAGCUGCUUUCUUCCACUGAAAGUCAGCCUGCAUCUGCCAAAACAUGUGUCAUCCCCAGCCAACCAGUGGUGGAAUUGGUGUUGAUGAAGGUUUUGGGAGCCUGCAAGUUGUUACUCCGCUUGUUGGACUGCUGUUGCAAGGCAUUUCUCUUAACUGUGAAACAUCUAGGAUUGCAAGAGUUUAUUAUUUUAAAUCUUGUGAUGGCUGGGCUGGUGAGCAGAUUCUGGGUUCUCUAUAAAGGUGUUUUAAGAAGGUUGAUUUCUUUAUAUGAGCCAUUGUUUGGAUUACUUCAAGAGAUCACUAGGAUUCAACCCAUGCCUUACUUUAAAGGUUUUACCUUUCCUUCUGAUAUUGCUGAAUUUCUAGGACAGCCCUAUCUUGAAGUCUUUAAGAAAAAAAUGCCUACAGCUUUUGCAGCUAAAGGAGUAGCUAAGCUACUAAAUAAACUCUUUUUAACAAAAGAACAAUCGUCAAGGUCCAGCGAAGACACUUUACUUAGCAUUUCCAAAAAAGCUAAACAAAUGAAGACCAAUAUACAGAAUAAUGUGGAUCUUGGACAGCCAGUAAAGAAUGUCUUCAAAGAAAAGUCUACAGGAUUUGAUGUGAGGUCUUUCUGCAAACAGCUGAAACACAAAGCCACUGAGGAGACCAGCUUUGAGUUUAAAGGUUCUCAAUCCAAACUGAAGCCAACAAAACAUUCUCAGAAAGUGACAGGAACUACUCCUGCCAGAAAUUUUGUGCAACAAUUCCGAGAGGCCAAGACUUUCAAACAACUCUCUGAAGCAAUCCAAAUGGCAAUUACAUGGUGCAGGAGCAAAAAAUUCAAGGCUCAGGCUACCUUUCUGGGUAACAAACUUCUUAAAAGUAACAGGCUUAAACAUGUGGAAGCUCAAGGUUAUAGUUUGCCAAAGAAACUAGAGUGCAUAAAAACAUCUAUUAGUAACUGUCUUCUUCGUGGCUCAGGAAUCAAAACUUCAAAGUAUCAUCUGAGACAAAGGAGAUCACAGAAUAAUUUUUUUCUGAGACAAAGGAAACCACAGAGAAAGUUGCAGUCAAUUCAUCUGAAGGAAAUACAGCAGUUCUCUUCAAAGAGUGCUACAGACACCAGUGCUAAGUGGAGACUCUCAUGCCAUACAGUUCAGAGAACUGAUCCUGGUCCUAACAGUAAGCAGCUCUUGAACAGACUUUCAAGUCCUGUCAAACAAACUAAGGAGCAACAGAUUCAUGAGAACCUCCUAGGAAGCAAUGGAAGUGAAUGUGAUUCAUGGAUAAAAAUACAAAUAAACAAAGAGAGAAUGCCAGAAUCUGUUAAGGAGACAGAUGACAUUGAUGACAUUUUUGCUUUAAUGGGAGUUUAGAUGUUCAUAUGUGAGACUUUUAAGUAGUUAAUAAUCUAAGUCAGUCUUCUGCUGUUUUAAGAGGAGCUGCUUCUGUGUAACAUCACAUAGGAGUUCAUUUUGGUUCAGUAAACAUUUAUAGUUGCUUUGUGCCAUUUAUCAACAAGUGUUUAUUUGGUUUUGACUACAUGACAGGUAUUAAGAUGAAAAGUCUGUCAGCCUGCCCUUGAGAAACAAAUGUAAUUCCUUCACUGGGGCUGAUAAGUCCCUGAAAAUUUAAAUAGUUUUAUGAUUUACCAGGGAAUGAAGACCUGAAUAACAAAGUUUGCAAAAACUCCUGUGCCUUAAGGUAAAUGGGGAGUAAAUUGGAGAGUAGCAAGGAAGUACCCUUGAGGGUCACUUAGUCCUUUAAGUCCACCUCUAAAUACCAAUGUUUAUAGCUUCCAUCCAUUGUGCUGUCUUGUUUAUGUAUUAGACUGAAUUAUCAAAAAGACUUAAAAGUUUUGUCAGUAAUUUGUACUUAUUACCAGAGACGGGCACAACCAUUAUUUCUCUUCAUUUGUUCACCUUAUCCCACAGGAGGGUACAUUAAAAUACUUUUGAAGUUUUUCAA